GCUCCCGGCCGCAACCCUUUUUUUUAAAAUAAAAAAAGAAUUUGGCCGCUUCAUGUUGUUCUUUGCAGCUUGCAUUCUUCUUCAUCGCAAAUAGCCGAUCAAUUCUCACCCUGGACUUGCAUCUGCCUGCUGCGGAAUCGUACUUUGGCGAACCCAGCAGACACUUCACCGACCCGAGUUGCUGCCAGGCUCCCGCAUCGCCGGACCGAGAUUCACCACAACAAAAGAGAGAGAGAGAGAGACACGCGAGACAAGGCGGGAGGCCCGAUACGACAACAAGAAAUACGAUGGCCACACGCAGAAGAACCGUCUCGGCCUCGGCCGCGGUGCCGGGCAUCUACCAGUUCAUCUUCAUAACCCUCGAGCCCAUCUUCGCGCUGCUGGGCGCCGUCAUGGUCCUCCACGCGCCGCACCAGUACCUCGCGGGCAUGACGCGCAACUCGAUGCCGUACGCCGCCAGCACGCGCUUCCUCUACACGCAGCUGGGCGGCGGCUGGCUCUUCUUCGCCUUCACCGAGGGCGUCGUCCUGCGGCUCUUCGACGACCUGAACCUGUGGCGCGUCGUCUGUGCGGGCAUGCUCCUGAGCGACGCCGCGUACUGCCACGGCACGGCGCAGGCCGUCGGCGGGUGGGAGGUAUGGCUCGACAGGUCGACGUGGACGGUGGAGGACUACACCGUCUUCUUCACCACGGCGCCCAUGGUCCUCGUGCGGAUCCUCAUCGUGCUCGGGAUCGGAAUCAGCGUCCCGAAGGAGACCGGCGAACACCCGAGCGAGAAGCAGGACAAGUGAAGAGGCAGGUCGGUUUGCAGGGAUGCAGGCAAGAUCACCUUUGUGGCUGCUUGCUGUUGCACCAUGUAAAGCAGAUUGUUUCCCUGAGUGGCUCAUGGGAAGCAAGCUCCCGACAUUCCAAGCGAUAGGAAAAACCCUCUUCUAGAAAAGCUCCACAGUUCGAAUGGUCCUCGCUGCCCUGCAUUCGUGCACGUUCUUGUGACAGAUCCAGGGCGUGACGUCGCCUCGCCAU